AUGCCUACUCACCUCAGCAAGACGAGAAAGCACCGUGGUCACGUCAGCGCCGGUCACGGUCGCGUCGGUAAGCACCGCAAGCAUCCCGGUGGUCGCGGUCUUGCUGGUGGUCAGCACCACCACCGUACCAACUUGGAUAAGUACCAUCCUGGUUACUUCGGUAAGGUUGGUAUGCGCCACUUCCACCUUCAGCGCAACCACGAGUGGAAGCCCAUCGUCAACGUUGACAAGCUUCUGAGCCUCGUCCCUGAGGAGAAGCGCGCCAAGUACCUCGAUUCGUCCGCUGGUGUCGCCCCCGUUAUCAACCUCCUCGAUUUCGGCUACGCGAAGCUCCUCGGAAAGGGCCGCAUUACCAUCCCCGUCAUCGUUCGUGCUCGCUACGUCAGCGCUGAGGCUGAGAAGAAGAUCAAGGAUGCUGGUGGUGUCAUCCAGCUCGUCGCAUAA